GGCAGUGAGGCGCCCAGGCCUGCCCCCAGCACUUGGCUCCACCCCGACUGUCCCUUAACUCGUUGAGCGCGGCUGGAAAUCCAAGCGCUACUAGGUGUUGGUUCAAUGCCUGGUUCAUGAUUUAUGUCAUUCUCUCCCUCCAUCUUGCAAUAGGUUACUUUUAAUCAUUUAGAUCUAUGACACUAUGCUAAACGUUAUAGGAGACAAAAAGACUGUGAACAAACAAAAAGAACCAAACGAAAAGAGCCAAGUCCAGGAUUCUCGUUCAGAUCAGCAAGUCAUUGGGAUCGAGCUCCUAGGGCAGCUACUACAUCUGUUAUGUCCUCGAGAUAAUCCCAGCACCUAGCACGGUGCCUGGCACAAAGUAGAUCUUCAAUGAAAGAACGAAACGAACCGUUAUAUUUACACAGAUGUAUUUCACUCAGUCCUCUGGAAGAGAUGCCUAGUGUGAAAGAGAUUCCAAGAAUAAAUACCAUAAACAGCACCGAGCCCAAAUCCCACAGCAAACAUCCUUAUUAAAGGCAAGGAACGUGGGGCGAGUUCCUUUUCUCAGAAGAUUUUACAAGAACGCAACUGUUUCGAAGAAAGAACAGACAUUCGAGGUUCUGAGUCCAGUGGGAACUCGUUUAACUUUUUAUUUUGCAGCAGAUUUCAAAGUCUGCACCCAGCGCCUCCCAGGACACAGGUCUCCUUGCAGCUGCCUUUAACCUAAGCGUAUCCUCUCUCCACUUUAAACCAAACGCCGCUGCAUGGAGCCCUGGGAGCCUGAGCCAUGAGAAUCCUGUAAAGAGGGAGUAUAAUGUCUCAGGAAGGCGAUUAUGGGAGGUGGACCAUAUCUAGUAGUGAUGAAAGUGAAGAAGAAAAGCCAAAACCAGACAAGCCAUCUACCUCUUCUCUUCUCUGUGCCAGGCAAGGAGCAGCAAAUGAGCCCAGGUACACCUGUUCCGAGGCCCGGAAAGCUGCACACAAGAGGAAAAUAUCACCUGUGAAAUUCAGCAAUACAGAUUCAGUUUUACCUCCCAAAAGGCAGAAAAGCGGUUCCCAGGAGGACCUCGGCUGGUGUCUGUCCAGCAGUGAUGAUGAGCUGCAGCCAGAAAUGCCGCAGAAGCAGGCUGAGAAAGUGGUGAUCAAAAAGGAGAAAGACAUCUCUGCUCCCAAUGACGGCACUGCCCAAAGAACUGAAAAUCAUGGCGCUCCCGCCUGCCACAGGCUCAAAGAGGAGGAAGACGAGUAUGAGACAUCAGGGGAGGGCCAGGACAUUUGGGACAUGCUGGAUAAAGGGAACCCCUUCCAGUUUUACCUCACUAGAGUCUCUGGAGUUAAGCCAAAGUAUAACUCUGGAGCCCUCCACAUCAAGGAUAUUUUAUCUCCUUUAUUUGGGAUGCUUGUUUCUUCAGCUCAGUUUAACUACUGCUUUGACGUGGACUGGCUCGUAAAACAGUAUCCACCAGAGUUCAGGAAGAAGCCAAUCCUGCUUGUGCAUGGUGAUAAGCGAGAGGCUAAGGCUCACCUCCAUGCCCAAGCCAAGCCUUACGAGAACAUCUCUCUCUGCCAGGCAAAGUUGGAUAUUGCGUUUGGAACACACCACACGAAAAUGAUGCUGCUGCUCUAUGAAGAAGGCCUCCGGGUUGUCAUACACACCUCCAACCUCAUCCAUGCUGACUGGCACCAGAAAACUCAAGGAAUAUGGUUGAGCCCCUUAUACCCACGAAUUGCUGAUGGAACCCACAAAUCUGGAGAGUCUCCAACACAUUUUAAAGCUGAUCUCAUCAGUUACUUGAUGGCUUAUAAUGCCCCUUCUCUCAAGGAGUGGAUAGAUGUCAUUCACAAGCACGAUCUCUCUGAAACGAAUGUUUAUCUUAUUGGUUCAACCCCAGGACGCUUUCAAGGAAGUCAAAAAGAUAAUUGGGGACAUUUUAGACUUAAGAAGCUUCUGAAAGACCAUGCCUCAUCCAUGCCUAACGCAGAGUCCUGGCCUGUCGUAGGUCAGUUUUCAAGCAUUGGCUCCUUGGGAGCCGAUGAAUCAAAGUGGUUAUGUUCUGAGUUUAAAGAGAGCAUGCUGACACUGGGGAAGGAAAGCAAGACUCCAGGAAAAAUCUCUGUUCCUCUUUACUUGAUCUAUCCUUCUGUGGAAAAUGUGCGGACCAGUUUAGAAGGAUAUCCUGCUGGGGGCUCUCUUCCCUAUAGCAUCCAGACAGCUGAAAAACAGAAUUGGCUGCAUUCCUAUUUUCACAAAUGGUCAGCUGAGACUUCUGGCCGCAGCAAUGCCAUGCCACAUAUUAAGACAUAUAUGAGGCCUUCUCCAGACUUCAGUAAAAUUGCUUGGUUCCUUGUCACAAGCGCAAAUCUGUCCAAGGCUGCCUGGGGAGCAUUGGAGAAGAAUGGCACCCAGCUGAUGAUCCGCUCCUACGAGCUCGGGGUCCUUUUCCUCCCUUCAGCAUUUGGUCUAGACAGUUUCAAAGUGAAACAGAAGUUCUUUGCUGGCAGCCAGGAGCCAAUGGCCACCUUUCCUGUGCCAUAUGAUUUGCCUCCAGAACUGUAUGGAAGUAAAGAUCGGCCAUGGAUAUGGAACAUUCCUUAUGUCAAAGCACCGGAUACGCAUGGGAACAUGUGGGUGCCCUCCUGAGAAUCUUGAGGCACUGUGAAAUUUAAGUGUAAGACAUUGAGCCACAAACAUGGGAUCUCUUCUUUGUACUGGAUGUUCACUUCCCUUAAAGUCUUAUUUGCACCCUUACAAAAUCUUUCCAAAGGUCACUCUUAUGAAUGGAUGUUGGUUAUACUUUUAAUGGACAUUAACAUUCCUAAUAAAAAAAGUAUUAGUUUCUUAAUUCACUUUUAUAUGUUUUGGAAAGAAAAUUAGUGAACUUCUCUAUGUUAAAAAUACGUACUGCUUGAGUAUCCCCUGUCUGAAAUGCUUGGGACCAGAAGUGUUUCAGCUUUUGGAUUUUUUUGAAUUUUGGAAUAUUUGCAUAGCAUAAUGAGAUAUCUUGGGGAUGGGACCCAAAUCUAAACACAAAAUUCAUUUAUGUUUCAUAUACACCUUAUAUACAAUAACCUAAAGGUGAUUUUAUAUGAUAUUUUGAGUAAUUUUAUGCAUGAAACAAAGUUUUGACAGGCUUUUGACCGUGAUUCAUCACAUGAGGUCAGGCAUGGAAAUUUUCAUUUGGAGCAUCAUGUCAGCACUCAAAAAGUUCUGGAUCUUGGAGCAGUUCAGAUUUUCAGAUUAGGGAUGCUCAAUCUAUAUAGAUAUAAAAUUAUCCUCACAGUGACAUAGAAUCUCUUGGUGCUGUCAGCUGUUGGGAAUUGAAGAUUGACUUUGUGCUUCCACCCUCCAUCCAGAAAGGCACCCUUCAUUCCACCAGAACUUUACCCAGGAAGAACACGAUCAUUUCCUUUUUCACCCAUGCCCUCUCUCAGCUUUCUGAGUACGUCUCUUGGGGUCGCUGGAGGUGAUCCUAGGAUCUGUCUCUGAGACCAAUGUGCUGUUUCAGCCUCCUGCAGCUAAGAAUUGUAUUGACUGUCCUCACAGCGGCUUUUCAUAGCUUUCAGCUUCAGCUUUACGAGGCUUCUCCUCUCUCCCUGGCACCCUGCUGGCUGCCUCACUGCUUACAGACAGGUCCCACCAAACCCAAACACCUGCCCAGGGUAAAUGAGUCUCUCUUCUAUCCCCAGAAACUUUCAGAGGAAGCAGCUCGUAGAAACAUACAAAAGCACACAAGUAUUUUGGGAAAAAAUCCUAAAAGGUGACUUAAUUUGAUGCCUUAAAUUCACAAGUGAGGAAGCUAAGGCCUAGAAGGUUAAGGAUGUCCCCAGGGUCACACAGUGAGCUGGGCUCAGAGCUUGAGUGUCUUUGUGCUUUGUGUACAUUGCGUUCUCCCUAGGAUGCUUUAGACCCUGUUUGUUUUCUUCUGCAUGAGGCUGAUUUCCAGUUUGUCAUCAACCUCUUUAUCUUAUAAUUUAGGAUAGAGUUGAAUGUUAGUCUUGAAAGAUUUUCUAAAGUAGUCUUUCAAACUGUUCCUCAGAGGCCUAGGAUUUUGCAAAAGUACCUUAGGAACCUUGUAGGCUGCAGUGGGGGUGUGGCGAUAAAGGAGGAGGCAGGGAGACAGGGCUGCAGGGCCUCCCACCUUCCAACAGACAGGCUCUGCUUUAUCUGUUGUACAUAUUGGGAUUCUGUAAAGGACAUUAUCUGGGGUUUUGUAUGUAUUUUUGUGUGUUCUCUUUUUUUAAAUAAACUUGAAAAGCUACUGAA